CGGAGGUCCUGCACAGGGAACGAUGUAGUCCGCGCUCGGCUGGUGUGGUCUGAUGCGGCUGCGGUUACAGAAGCACUGACGUGUUCACAGAGCAGCAGCGCGACGCGCGGAUCGGCAGCCGAGAGUGACACAGCGGCACAACCGGACAGAAUGCCAGAAGGAGACAGUGCCGGUGAAUCCAUCCAUGGGAAACCAUCAGCGAUCGGAAACUUCUUUAAACGGCUCGGGCAGAUUUAUCAGUCAUGGUUGGACAAGUCAACGCCAUUCUCCGCAGUCCGAUGGGCGGCCACUCUUAUUCUUACGGCCAUAUAUAUGAUCAGAGUAUAUAUACUACAGGGGUGGUACAUAGUCACAUAUGCUCUUGGGAUCUACCACCUAAACCUCUUCAUUGCUUUCCUCUCACCAAAAGUGGAUCCCUCAUUGCUUGAUGAUCCCGAUGAGGGUCCAGCACUACCAACAAAACAGAAUGAAGAGUUCCGGCCGUUCAUCAGGAGGUUGCCAGAAUUCAAAUUCUGGCAUUCAGCGACGAAGGGCAUCGUCAUCGCUAUGAUUUGCACAUUCUUCGACGCCUUCAACGUGCCAGUGUUCUGGCCCAUCCUCGUAAUGUAUUUCAUCAUGCUGUUCUGCAUCACCAUGAAACGGCAGAUCAAGCACAUGAUCAAGUAUAGAUACCUGCCCUUCACACAUGGGAAGAGGACUUACAGAGGCAAGGAAGACACAGGGAAAACCUUUGCUAGUUAAAAUUCCCCUUCCUGAAAUUAAACUUAUUGAUGAAGAAUGAGGAAACAUAAAGUUGAGUGCUUUAACUAUUACAAAUGGAUGGAGAGGGUUGAAGGUUGUUGUUUUUUUUUUUUUUUUUUUUUGUGCUGGGCCAUAACAACUAGUAUAGUUUCUUUUUUUCUUUUUCUUUUUCUUUUUUUUUUUAAAGGCAGAUGGAAAGAACUUGGAGCUGAGACACAUUUUCCUAUCAAAGUGCAGUUUUUUGGAAGGGGAGAUAUAUAUAUCUAUAUAUAUCUAUCAAAAUAUAUAUAUAUAUAAAAAUGUAUAAUUUUUUUUUAAUGGUUAGCAUGUUUGAGUUGUGUUUUUUUUUUUUUUUUUUUGACAAUGGCAUUUUUACUGUAUUAAAUUAAUCUUCAUCAAAAAAUAAUAGAUUUGUUAAUUCCUGAUUAAAGAGAUUGCAUGUUUUAGGUUUUCUUGUGCUGCUGGUGAAGAGAAAACAAGAUGAUUUUAAUAACUAAGUGUAAAUUUUUCACUCCAAAUGCUAUUAAAAGGCUGUGUCCCUUCA